AUGGCUACUCGGUUCGAUAACACGAUUGAAUUGAUAGACAAGGCGCACUCAGAAGAUCCGAACAAGAUCACCGUUGACGGCAAAGAAGUACCGUACGAGCUACAUUAUGCCCAAAAGAUGACCCACUACUUGACCCUACGCUCCUCCUCUGCUUCCGAAACCCUUCGACUCGCAAUAAGAAGCCAGCACUUCCGUCGAUGGGAGGUUCCUCGCAAUUCUUACCCCAUGACAAAGCUUGGCUAUCACUCAUGGCGGACAUUUUUAAAGAAGAGGCAAGCGGAGCAGGUAGCCCAGAUCUGUUUGGAUUGUGGGUAUUCGGCAGAGGACGCCGAGCGUGUGGCUGCGCUGAUUAGAAAGGAGGAUCUAAAAAGCGAUGAGGAGACACAGAUCCUCGAAGACGUGGCAUGCUUGGUAUUUCUAGAUGACCAAUUCGAGGCGUUUCAAAAGGAUCACGACGAGGACAAGAUCAUUGGCAUACUGCGGAAGACAUGGGGCAAGAUGACUGAGAAAGGGCAUGAGCUUGCUCUACAGAUACCGCUAAACGGACGGCCAAAGGAGCUUAUAGAAAAGGCACUUGAAGGAUGA